UGUGAUAGUAAGUAAGAAAGAAGGAAGGAAGGAAGUGGUGCUAUCCAACCAACACCAACCUGUAUUUUCUCUCUCUCCUUCGCCUUUAUAUCAUCCUUUUUUCCUAUCUUUCAAGCUUCAGGGCUCACCUCGCAUAGGCUCUCUCUCAGUCAGUCAGACACAAACACAAACACAUAACAAGCAUUCGGAGUUACCUUACUUCUUUCUCGAUGGAUCGAAUGGUUUCUCCGCCGGACACCAGCAAGAGCAUAAAGCUGGAAAGAUACAACAGCUACAUCAGGAGAGUCAACAGCACCAAGCUGCUAAACGCCUCUUCCAAGCUCCUCUUCCGCGCCACCCUCCUCGUCGCCCUCAUCCUCGUAUUCCUCUUCACCUUCAACUACCCUCCCCUCGCCGACACCACCCACCGCCAUCUCCACGCCCACUCCCACUUCCUCUCCUCCGCAUUCGGCGCCUGGGAGAAGCAGGUGCGCCACUCCUCCACUCCUCGCCGGCCCAACGGCCUUACCGUUCUCGUCACCGGGGCGGCGGGCUUCGUGGGCAGCCACUGCUCCCUCGCCCUUAAAAGACGAGGGGACGGGGUGCUGGGUCUCGACAACUUCAACUCCUACUACGACCCCUCCUUGAAGCGCGCCCGCCAAGCAAUGCUGGCCAAGCACCAGGUUUUCAUCGUGGAAGGUGACCUCAACGACACGCCCUUGCUCCGGAAGCUCUUCGACGUCGUCGCCUUCACCCACGUCCUCCACCUCGCCGCCCAGGCCGGCGUCCGCUACGCCAUGCAGAACCCCCAGUCCUACAUCACCGCCAACAUUGCGGGCUUCGUCAACCUUCUCGAAGUUUCCAAAUCGGCCAACCCCCAGCCCUCCAUAGUCUGGGCUUCCUCCAGCUCCGUCUAUGGCCUCAACACUCAGAACCCCUUCUCGGAGCUCCACCGGACCGACCAACCCGCCAGCCUCUACGCCGCCACCAAGAAAGCCGGGGAGGAAAUCGCCCACACCUACAACCACAUUUACGGCCUCUCCCUCACCGGCCUCCGCUUCUUCACGGUGUACGGCCCCUGGGGGAGACCCGACAUGGCCUACUUUUUCUUCACCAAAGACAUCCUCCAGGGGAAGACCAUCGACGUGUACGAGACGCAGGACGGGAAGCAGGUGGCGCGUGACUUCACCUACAUCGACGAUAUCGUGAAGGGGUGCCUCGGGGCUCUGGACACCGCCGAGAAGAGCACCGGGAGCGGUGGGAAGAAGCGUGGGCCAGCCCAGUUGAGGAUUUACAAUCUGGGCAACACCUCCCCGGUUCCGGUGGGGAACUUGGUCUCCAUUCUUGAAGGGUUGCUGAACACCAAAGCCAAAAAGCACGUGAUCAAGAUGCCUUCGAACGGCGACGUCCCCUACACACACGCCAAUGUGAGCCUGGCCUUCCGCGAUUUCUCUUACAAACCAACGACCGAUCUCCCCACCGGUCUCCGGAAGUUCGUGAAAUGGUACGUCGGUUAUUACGGACCCCAGCUGAGGCCCAAAAGGGAAUCUCUUCUUGACAACUGAUGCCUUGGCCACGUCAUCAUCUCCAUCCCCAUCUUCAUCUUCCUUAAUUAUUGCUGUCAUUCUUUUUUGUUAAUUAUUUUCCGUGGACCCAAAUGUUGGUGUGGCAACUAUACACAUAUAAAUAUCUGAUGGUAUAGAUUAAGGACAUAAAUGUGAAGGAAAGGAACACAAAGCAAGUGUCUCACUGUAUGUAUGUAUGUAUUGUGUAGAUCUGUAUCCAAAGCUAAACCAAAGAGAACGAACCAGGGUUGUAAUAAUGGCUGGUGGGGUCUGCCACAAAGGUCGCAGAUCUCUCCCCUUCUUUAUCCAUAUAUUUUCAUUUCACACCUUUAAUUUACUUACCUCUUCUUUUUUUCAA